AUGAAAUCUAUCUUCGUGUCGGCAGCUCUUAUUGCAGCAGCAGAUGCACUCGUUGCUCGCGACUCUACAUGCUGCUUCCACCUGACAGCUUCUGGAGGCCCUGGUGGAGUUGUAGGCCAACUCUCUGAUGGUCAGAACCGCAUUGGACAAGGUCUGCCUGGUGCGCAGUACUGUAUCGAUGCCAAUGGUGGACUUACCGAUGGCAAUGGUCGUGGAUGUAUCCUGACACCACCAACCACGCAGUUCCAGUGUGAUGCCGGUGCUAGCCCGACAGACGGCUUCUCUGUCUCUUGUGACGGUACCCUCGCGUUCAAGGGCAACACUGAGUUCAAGUCUUGCCCUACCGGAGACAAUGGUGGUUACAACAUCUACACUACUGCUCCUGCUGGCCAAGGUGGUUGUGUUUCAAUUACCCUGAGUGCAGACAACUGCAAGUCGGGUUGCCCUGCUCCCGCUCCCAAGAGCUGCCCCGCCGCUCUCUCUGGCGAUUACCAGUACCCUCACCUCAUCAUCCCAGUAGACUCCAAGCAGCCCGACAAGGCCUUCGGUACUCAGUACAACGGCACAGUUUCAAGCUCUGUCUCUAGCUUAUUCAACUUUGACAUUCCCAGCUCCGACAGUGGAAAGACUUGUUCUUUGGUCUUCCUGUUCCCCAAGCAGGCAGACUUGGAGACUUCCUCGUUUGACUUCACCGGCGCCGGCGAUAUCGACUUCGCAAUGUUGAAGGGACCUGCCAGCUCCAGCACUACAUACAACAACAAGCCAGGCGUCGCCACUGACUACGGUGUGACCAAGGUUGCCCCAGGAAACUCUUACACCAUCGCCACGUUUGCCUGCCCAGCCAACUCUGCCAUUGGCUUCAGCCUGUCGGCCUCAGACGACACUUUCCUGUCCUGGUUCAAUGACUACAAUCCUUCGCCUAUCGGUCUCUACAUCACCGUGUGCUAG